AUGUCGUCCCGCUCCCUCGUGACCGUGCUGGUGAUCCUGGCCGCGGUCGCGGGCGCCCUGGCCGAGAGAAAGGGACCUAAAAUCACUAGCAAGGUGUUCUUCGACAUCGAGAUCGAUGGCGCCCCUGCCGGCAGGAUCGUGAUGGGGCUGUACGGCAAGACCGUCCCCAAAACCGCGGAGAAUUUCAGGGCACUGGCCACAGGCGAGAAGGGCAUUGGUCAGUCCAAGAAGCCUCUCACCUUCCAGGGCAGCCACUUCCACAGGAUCAUCCCCCAGUUCAUGCUGCAGGGCGGCGACUUCACCCGGGGAGACGGCACUGGCGGCGAGUCCAUCUACGGUCCCAAGUUUGCGGAUGAGAACUUCAAGCUCAAGCACACCGGGCCGGGUGUCCUCUCCAUGGCAAACUCGGGGCGCGACUCCAACGGCUCCCAGUUCUUCAUCACCACCGUGAAGACCUCUUGGCUGGACGGCCGCCAUGUCGUCUUCGGCAGGGUGAUUGAGGGCAUGGAUGUGGUCUACAAGAUCGAGGCCCUGGGCAGCCAGUCGGGGCAGCCCAGCAAGAAGGUCACCAUUGCCAAGAGCGGCGAGGUGACAGGGGAUGAGGACAACAGCACACUCGCCUCAGAGCUGUGA